AUGGAGGGAUCCGCCACCCAAGGUCUGCAACUGAACGAUUGUGAUGCCGACAGUCGAAAAAGCAGCAUCGUGAGCAGGAUUUACGUCACGGGAUACGACACUUCGCUUUCUGGCAAUGAUUUCGUUAUCUCUAUGACAGAGCGUUUCGGUUCAUGUGGAGAGUUAAUACAUAUUUAUAUUCCCGGAUACGAUAGAGGCAGAAAACUCAACAGGUUUGCCUUGAUUUAUCUUCGGGGAGAAGGUGCGGAAGAGAAGGCGUUGAAACUUAGUGGAAGUGACAGCAGCAGAGGACACAAGUUAGUCGUUGAGUCUUACCCGUUUGAUGCCAAAGACCAUGAACCUGAGUUGGCUACUAUGAGAGACGAAGACAAUAAGCAACAUAUCGUGAUUUUUGUUGAUGGAUAUGACACUAAGCGUCCCUUGGAGUAUGUUAAGAGGAUGCUGUUACAAGAACUCUCUAAAUUUGGACGUGUCUUGCAUAUUACCCUUCUCGAAGAUGCCGGAGGUCUUUCUCUCUCCAGAUACGCUUACGUUGACAUUGACGGGGGAAUAGGCACAAUAGAGAGGAUGCUGCAACAACGUGGAUGUUAUGUGGAAGGAUUGGAGGAUAUGAAACUUUCCAGUGUUGAUCGUCCAGAAAGAGAUGAUGAUGACGGCUUCUGUAAUAUGCCACCCCUAUCUUCUUUGGCAUGUUCUUCUCCCAUGCUGCUUCAGGAAGUUCAACCUUCUUCUGCAUGUCUCCAUCCAGGGGAGGAGAGAGCAUAA